CUUCCCUCACUGGGUAAUUCUGCAGUGUUCGUGCCACCUCAUGGCAGCACAGCACAGGCCGCUGGAGCAGAUCGCGAUAAUUCACCGUGGUUCAUGGGCUGCACCAACGCCAGCAGUGGACUUAAUGCACCCAAAGGUGCCCGUGACCUUGACCCGGUGUCCUGCUCUGUGCGCUGCCUGGAUGAGGGGUACCAGGUUGCAGCUUUGUCGUCAGAGGUUUGUUCCUGUGGCAACCAGCAAGGUGGUUUGGUGGCCAGUGAGUGUCUCAACACAUCGACCAGCGGAGGGGCAAAGGAUGUCCGAGGACAAAGUGAAAGACAAAGAGUCCUCUCCUCCUUGCCAGUUGGACACGGACAGAGACACAGCGUGGCCCUCUACAGAACCAAAGGGCCGUUUCUGCACAGCAUCCGUCUGUCUGUUUGUCCACACAGAGUGCAGGCUGGGAAGGUUUUUGUCGUGGAAGUUUCAGGAAACCUGGCCGGACGUCCCGACCAGCCCACAGGGAUUCGGGGUCUGGGGGGGCAGGACUUCUCUUACGUCACUGUUGAGAUUCAGGAAUUGACCCAGAAAGGUCAGAGUUCGCAUCAUGUGAGCGUGUUGAACAAUGGCUCCUUUGCUGUGUCAUCUGAUUGGAUUUUGGAAACUCCGGGAAAAUACGAACUCAACGUCAGUGUCUGCAACCCCCUCUCCACGCUCUCCUCCACCCUCCUCCUCUCCGUCUUGCAGCCCUCUCCGCCCAGCCCAGUGAUCUCUGUCCUUCACGGGCCCCUUGGCGUCCCCUCCUGCGUCCCUUCCCUGUCAGCAGACUCUGCCCAGGUGAGAGUGGAGGCAGCGUACCUGGGCGACCGUCUCACUCUGCAGGCAGACCAUCACUCAGGUCUUCCUGCAGAGUUUUUGUGGAGUUUCACUCACAUGGAAAAAGGGCAAAAUGUGGCAGGUGCAAAGACAGUUUUCCCUCUGGACUCUGACUGUGUGAACAGCACUGUGAACUGGACCUUUGAAACAGAGGGAGUUCACGUGGUGUCAGUGAACGCCUCGGGUGUCCAUGGCUGGACACAGCAGACGAUACAUGUCGUGGUCGUGCGCCUCACCGUCUCUGACCUCAGACUGAGUGUAUCAGGGAGUCAUUGGACUUCCGGUGAGGGUGUUUCAGUGGAGGUGGAGCUGACCACCACCAUGAUGCACCUACUUGUGCUCAACCUGACACUGAACGCUAAGAACGACAUCGCUGACUCAAAGGAUAAUUUAAGCAACACUGGCCUCAGUGACAACCCCACUAACAUUAAUCAAGUUGAAAAUCAUCCAAGCCAAGUGCCUCAACAGGAAAACUGCAGCCACCUCCACUGCAGCAUCAGUAACCACGGCAACAUCAGCUACGACCACAAUCUCAACCAAACCCCGUAUAACGUGUGUUGUCCAGGUGGCACCCUCUUACGUCUUCGCUCUGACGCCCACCUUCACAUCUCCAACCGGUCCAGCUGCCGUUUGCACCUCCGCCUUCACUGCCGCCUCCCCACCUCUGCAGGCCAGUAUCACCUCACUGUGUCUGUUCACCCCACUUCUGAUCCUUCGUCAGUGCUGCUCUCCACCGUCCUGCCUCGAGCCUUGACGGUGUAUGAGCCUAUACGUGUCCUGAGGCCUUCUAGGAGUUGGAGGUCAGCAGUUUCGACACAUGCACAAUUCAGCCUGCAGGUCGUCAGCCUGGCCAGCCGAGUGGGGUCGAGAGUGAUUUGGACUUUUAGUCUGGAUGAUGUUAUCGUGAUGAGCAGGACGACUGAAGAGUGGAAAUUAAAUGUGUCUCUUGCAGCAGCAGGCUGUUACAAAGUGACAGUCGAGGCCUCUAAUCCAGUCAGCUGGGCCUCGUUCUCCACACACAUCCUCGUUCAAGAUCCAGUUGGGGAGCUGGUUUUAAACGUUCCCAGUGUGACCAGGGCAAAUGAAAAACUCUCCAUUUCAUUUAGCGUCACAUCAGGGUCCAAUGUGACCGUGUCUGUGCUGGUAAAUGAAACACUAUUGUACAGAGACAGCAGCUACACAACAGGAAACGAGGGGACGGCACUUUUGAUUUUCAACCACACAGGGGCGGUUGCAGUUCAACUUCGAGCUGAGAAUCGGGUGUCGUCCGAGAACAAAAGCGUGAAGGUGCGCAUUGAAAGGAAGAGGAAGCCGUCGUCAGAAAUUAGUGUGAAACCAACGUGGCAGCCGCAUACCAGUGAAACUCCUGUGCACAGCCUGGCUGACGGCGGUGAGGAUGUGUAUCUAACACCAAAACAUCUGAACAUUAAUCAAGCAUUUUAGAAAAGGAGUGUGAAU